AUGGAGUUGGAAGAUUACGAGAGUACUGUUUAUAACGGUAGUAAUAAUGAGAUGGAGAAGAAAAUAAGCAGUAGAUCCGAAGAGUAUGAUAAUGGCGAUGAUGCCACAAAAUUCUGUUUAUUCUCUUCUAAUAAUAACGUUAAAACUACUACUGCUACUAGUACCGCAAUGGCGUCUUCUGAAACAAAAUAUCCUCUUGAUCAAACUGUGUCCUUUGGCCUUCACAUAGCAUCACCAGCAUCGCCGUUACAAACACAUAUGAAUUCACCAAGUACUAAUCAACAACAACAGGAGGACGAGGAGGAUACUCUAAUGGAGGAAGACGCGGAAUUGGAGGCUACAUCAACAACACCAGCAACAACAUCAGUUUCUGGUUCGUCGGAAUCACCAGCAUCAUCGUUACAAGCACAUAUCGAUUCAACAAGUAUUAAUCAACAACAACAGGAGGUUGAGGAUACUCUAAUGGAGGAAGCCGCAGAAUUGGGAGCUACAGAAACAACAUCAGUUUCUGGUAGAUCAGAAAAAGAACUAGAAGAUGGGGAGGAGGAGAACGAGGAAGAUGAUUCUGAAGCUUUUGGUAGAUCACAAGAAGAAUUAGAGUAUGAGGAGGAGAACGGGAAUGGGGAUUAUGAUUCUGAGGGUGGUGGUGAUGAGUAUAGUGAAAUAGAGAGGGUUUAUCAGGAACAUGGUGAAAGAAGAAAUUGA